CAGGAGUGACCCGCAGUGGGGCGGUGAGUCCCAGAGCCCGCACCGCGCACGGUGCACGGUGCAGGGCACGGAGGCUCCGUGUGGCAGAAGCGCCCAGGGUCCGGAGCCCGCUGCCCAGCACGGGUGACAAUAGGUCCGGCCGAGGGCACCGCGCCCCAGCACCGGCGCUGUCCGAGCGCUGAGCGAUGCCGCCGUGACCGCAGCUCCGCGCACCCCGGCGGCGGCAGGACCGGGGAUCCCCGUCACCCCACGCCUUUGUCUCCUCCGGGGCGCACGGAAAGUGGGAAGGUGUCCCCCACUCCUCCCCGGUCCCCGCGGCAGCAGAAGGGAAUGAGGCACGGAGCGCCCAGCCCCGGCCCGGCGCGGGGAGCAGCGCUGCCUUACCUGUCCCGGAGGUGCCGGUGAGCGGAGCCCGGCUCGCAGGGCAGAGCUGAGCGAGCGGCGGACGGGAGCAGGGCCUGGAGAAGAUGACCACCCUCACACGGCAGGACCUUAACUUUGGGCAAGUUGUUGCAGAUGUUCUUUCAGAAUUCCUGGAAGUAGCUGUUCACCUCAUCUUGUAUGUUAGAGAAGUUUACCCUAUUGGGAUCUUUCAGAAGAGGAAAAAAUACAAUGUACCUGUCCAGAUGUCCUGCCACCCAGAGCUGAACCAGUACAUCCAGGACACGCUGCACUGUGUAAAGCCACUCCUGGAGAAGAACGAUGUGGAGAAAGUUGUGGUUGUAAUCCUGGAUAAAGAGCACCACCCCGUGGAGAGAUUUGUCUUUGAGAUCACCCAGCCACCUCUUCUUUCCAUUAGUUCUGAGUCCCUGCUGUCCCACGUGGAGCAGUUGCUGCGUGCCUUCAUCCUGAAAAUCAGUGUGUGUGAUGCUGUGCUGGACAACAACCCCCCAGGUUGCACCUUCACAGUUCUGGUUCACACACGGGAGGCUGCCACACGCAACAUGGAAAAGAUCCAGGUGAUAAAGGAUUUCCCUUGGAUCCUUGCUGAUGAGCAAGACAUGCAUAUGCACGACCCCCGACUUAUUCCCCUGAAAACCAUGACAUCUGACAUCUUAAAGAUGCAGCUCUAUGUAGAAGAGCGAGCUCACAAAGGCACCUGAUUUCAAAUCUUCCUUGCCUUCAAGCUUCGUCUGAUCUUCCAGUGGAGUAAGAUCUGUCACAAACUGUAACUUGAUAACCAUCUCUUCAGCUGGCCUUCUGGGUGAAUGUAGAGCAGCUGCUGCCUCUUUAUUUCAAGUGCUCUUAUGUGUAAAGAACUGACUUGGAAUGGGGAGCCAGAGCCUGUUCCCAUGUUGACUUGUGUGAGAGAGCACAGGUGUUGAUACAGUUUGUCCUUGGGAAGUCAGUGCUUUAUUACCAGUCCAGUUCUCACCUGAAAAGGGCAGCUCCAUUGCACACAGGCAGUGAUAGACAGCAAGGAGCUGUCACACAAUCCAUGAGAGCAACAUUUGUGCUAAGGGGGAGUGAGGCCUUAUGGAGUGUCUGUCCACUGUGACCAUCCCAAGUAGUCUUCAAUAAAUACUAAGUUUUACCCCAGUUGAACUGGGCUGA